AUGACAAUAGAGACGAUAUCAAAUAAUGAAGGAAUACGGCAGAGAUCAGCCAGUGAAAGCACUCACACACAUACUUAUCUAGAUCAAUUAGACAUCCCGCAAAUAACGUUGAGGUCUACUAUAGUCGGAUUACUAAUAGGUUCAUUGGUCCUUAUAUCGAAUUUUCAAUUUGGUUUACAAACCGGAUGGGUUUCAAUGAUGUCGUUACCAGCUGCCUUAUUAGCAUUUUCUAUUUUCAAGUUAUUACCAAUAUCCAUUGCUAAGAAUUUCACCGAUGUUGAAAAUGUAUUUGUCCAGAGUAUAGCUGUUGCAGUAGGAACAGGACCCCUAUGUUAUGGAUUCAUUGGCAUAAUCCCUGCAAUGGAAAAGUUUAUGACUAGUGAAGAAAGUGGUUUGGGUCGACCUUUGACUUUUGGGUUGGGCCAGUUAAUGAUUUGGUCAUUGGGUCUCGGAUUAUUCGGGGUAUUUUUUGCCAUACCGUUGCGGAAACAAGUUAUUGUAAAGGAAAAAUUACCUUUCCCAUCUGGCAGUGCAACCGCAACUUUAAUUUCAGUGUUGCAUGGAAGUGACAUUUAUCAAGAUAAAGAGGAGAUCAGUGAAAAGUUGGAUAUCGAAGAAGAAGAAGGGAGAGAAACAGGUAGUAUUGCAACUGAACUGGAGAGUUUAACCCAACAAUCGUCAAAAUCCCAACUCAUAACUACUACCAAUAUUCAAGAUGAUUAUGAUUCAAAUAUGAGAUCAUUAAUAAUCACAUUUAUAAUAUCAGCCACAUACACCAUACUUUCAUUCUUCCUCCCUAUUUUGAAAAAGAUUCCUAUUUUUGGCAAUCAUUUAUCGGUCAAUUAUUUAUGGAACUUCCAACCAUCUCCGGCAUAUAUAGGUCAAGGUAUCAUUAUGGGGUUGCCAACAGUUUCCUAUAUGUUGUUUGGUGCUAUCUUGGGUUGGGGUAUAUUAGCUCCAUUGGCAAAGCAUAUGGAGUGGGCACCUGGAAGAAUUGACGAUUGGAUAAAUGGGGGACAAGGUUGGAUCUUAUGGAUUAGCUUAACGGUAAUGAUAAGUGACUCCUUGGUGUCGUUUGUUGUGGUGAGCAUCAAAUCAAUUAAUAAUGCAUUAGAUAAUUUCAGACAAAGAAGAGAUCUAGAUCAAUUUCUAGAAUUGCAACAAAGUCAACAAAGUGAAUACUUAUUACAAGAUCAAGAGGAAACUCGAUCACUGACUUCAUCCAACGAAAAUCCUGAAAAUAGUACUUACGAUGGGAAGAGAACUCAAGAGGAUUGCAAAUAUACAAUGGAAGUACCAGAAAGACAUUUAGUUUCAACUAAAACAACGGUGAUCGGAAUUGCUGUAUCCACAUUGCUUUGCAUUAUUUCUUUGAAACUAGUGUUUGGGAACAUAGUUCCUAUAUAUGCAUCAUUAGCAGCAAUUAUAUUGGCAAUGUUUUUCUCCAUAUUGGGAGUCAGAGCAUUAGGUGAGACUGAUUUAAACCCAGUGAGUGGAAUUGGAAAAUUAUCACAAUUGAUUUUUGCAUUAAUAAUACCAAGCAACCAUCCAGCCAAGAUUUUGAUUAAUUUGGUCGCUGGUGGAGUAGCUGAAGCAGGGGCUCAACAAGCAGGUGAUCUUAUGCAAGAUUUGAAAACCGGACAUUUAAUUGGAGCAUCGCCAAAAGCCCAAUUUAUUGCUCAGAUAUUGGGGACUCUUUAUUCUGUUGGAUUAAGCUCAAUCAUGUAUAAAGUGUACAACAGUGUGUACAAGAUACCAAGCGAUAUGUUUAGAAUUCCAACUGCAGUGGUUUGGAUUGAUUGUUCAAGGCUAGUGACUGGUCAAGGAUUACCUCCUCAUAUUCGUGAAUUUGCGUUGGUUUUAGGAGUCAUUUUUGGUAUUAUAUCGUUAUUAAAGAAUACUGUGCCGCCCACUUCACUGUAUCAUAAAUAUUUGGUUUACUUGCCAAGUGGAGUAGCCGUUGGUGUAGGUAUUUACAACACCCCAAAUUUCACUUUGGCCAGGUUUAUUGGUGGGUUGAUUUGUUACAAUUGGCAGAAUAUAGGUCCUAAUGGUAAGAUUGGUAUGAUUAUAUUCAGUAGUGGAUUGGUGUUGGGCGAGGGACUUUUUAGUGGAUUCACUAUGCUUUUAACUAGUUUGGGUGUUAAGCAUUGGUAA